UGGACGUCAUGAGCAUAGUAAUCGCGCUGGGAGUCACCACACCUGAAACGUCUUACUCAGAUAUGGCUGCUGGAUCAGACCCUGAGUCAGUUGAAGCAAGCCCUGCCGUGAAUGAGAAAAACUACAACAACCACAGCUGUGGGAGCGCACAGAGUCAUGGGUAUCGAGGACUACCAUAUGCUAUGCAACAGUCUUCCGUUGUGUGUUGUCAGGAUCACAACUAUGGCGCACCCCCUCCCCCCACCCCACCCGCCUCCCCGCUCUCCCAAACCAUCAUCCCUCGCAUGGAUAUCAACGGCGUGCUACUCGGCUCCCGAUAUCACGAAACUCCCGAUGACAACUCAGCUGACAGCGACAGCUCCUCAGAGGAGGAUGGGGCCAUGGCCAGCUGGUGUCACUGCAGCCUGACGCCGGAUGGCUUGCUCAUCAAAUGUGACAACUGCAGGGGACUUGACAGGAGGAAAGGAGCAGAGGGCCAACACAGGAAGACAGAAAAUGUCUCAGCUGGAGAAAGCAGUGCCACAGAGAGUGGUGAUGAAGAGGUGUCGCCCUCCACCAUCUCCUACACUGCCACCCAGCAUACACCCACCAGCAUCAAACUCACUGUCAACCGGGUCAAAAGGAGCAAAUCCAAAAAGAGGAAGAAGAGUACGGAGAAGGCCCGUGGAACCCCGAAAGGCAAGAAAGUCAAGGCUUUCCGAGAGGGGUCUAGGAAGUCCAUGAGGAUGAAGAAUUCGACAACUGAGGCCAGCGUGCUGGAUGAAAAUACAGCAGAGGGGUGGGAGAGCAGGAUCCGCCAGUGGACAGACCAGUAUGAAGAGGCUCUGGCGAACCAGUACAGUGCUGAUGUCCAGACACUGCUUCAGCUUCACCGUGCUGCCAGCACCACUGCCUCGAAGACCGAGAGCGGCGCCACAAUGCCUCCCUCCACCACACAGAUCCACACCUCAGUCGACGCCAUGGACACCAUCAACCGCACUGAGCUAGCCUGUAACAAUACAGUGCUCGGCUCACAGAUGCAGCUCCAGUUGGGGCGGGUAACGCGAGUGCAGAAACACAGGAAGAUCCUCCGAGCAGCAAAGAAUCUGGAACCAGAAACACUUAUCAUUGAAUAUCGGGGAAAGGUCAUGCUCAAGCAACAGUUUGAAGUCAACGGACAUUUCUUCAAAAAACCCUACCCUUUUGUGCUGUUUUACUCGAAAUUUAACGAUGUAGAGAUGUGUGUUGAUGCACGGACCUUUGGAAAUGAUGCGCGUUUCAUCAGGAGGUCAUGUACACCCAACGCUGAGGUCCGACAUAUGAUUGCGGAGGGUAUGAUCCAUCUGUGUAUCUACGCUGUCAGUCAAAUAACGAAGGACGCUGAGGUCACCAUUGGAUUUGACUAUGAGUUCAAUAGCUGUAAUUACAAAGUGGACUGUGCCUGCCAUAAGGGCAAUCAGAACUGCCCGGUGCAGAAGCACAACCUGAGCCCUAGGGAGAGCAUCCUGAGUCCCCCCUCCCUGCUGCCUCCCUCUCCUCUGGUUGGUGCUGAGACUCGAAGGAGAAAAGCUCAGAGAAGGGAAAUGGAGGGCUGCCUGGCCAGUGACAGCAACCAGAUCCUCGACGAGCACCAGGAUGCCAAAGAACUGCAGGGGACAAGUGACACAGAGGAGAGACUGCUGGAUGAGGUGAAGGUGGAAGAGGCAGAGGAAGGAGAGGUGGAUGAAAAUGGGGUCACCGUCUCCAGUAAAAGAACAUUUAACAGCCUGGAAAGGAGGCGGAGGAGAGUGGGAGGAGCAGACAUUAAGGAAGAGGGUGUGGAAACUGAGGACGGGGCAGGAAACCCCACAGGGAACACCCCCACGCCCCACAACACUGGAGUUGGGGUCAGCACAAGACGUACCACCUAUGUCAUGGAAACACCAUCUAUUGAAGAAAAGACCUCGUUACCCUACUUGCCUACACCAGCUGCUCCCCCUAAACCUGCACGACCUACCAAGCCUCGGCCCAAAAGCCGGAUCUCUCGCUACCGGUCAAGCUCAUCGCAGCGUGCUCGGCGGCAGCGUCAAGCCCUCGCCCAGCAGGCGGCGGCAGCUGCUGCAGCUGCAGCUUUGGCAACAGUCCCAUCAUCAGCUGAGCAGGGGGCUGCUCUAGAUGAGGAUGGAUCUCAGGGUCCUUAUGGUGGCGAACAUGGCCACGGAGAGAGCAGUCUAGGGAGUCAUAUCCUCGACGGAGAAGGCCAGGGUCUAAACUGCAUAAAUAGGGGCAACUUGCGCUACCCCAAAACCAAGAAGUACCUUGUGACAGAGUGGCUGAAUGACAAAAUCCCUGGAGGGGAGAAGGUCCACCAAGAGGUGCCUGUUGAGCGCCUGCUGCGGAUAACCACUGACCCCACGGUGCUGGCCACCACCCUCAACAUGCUGCCAGGCCUCUCCCACUCAUCGCUCAUUUGCACCACACCCAGACACUACGUCCGCUUCGGCUCCCCCUUCAACCCUGAGAGACGCAGACCCCGCCCACUCCAAAUGGAUGGCACUUAUGGCUGCUACAAAAAGCGAUGGAUAAAGCAGGUGGAAGAUGAGAGCUGUUCGGCCAGUAUGGAGGAUGGCACUGAGUCCACCUCCUCCCAGCAAAGUACCAGUAGCAGAUCCACCCCCAACCCCCUGUCCAGUGAAGUCAACGCGCCGUUUAAAAAGCGUCGCUCCAAGUAUAUGGCAGAGAUGACACCAGCACCGUCAGACCACCUGCUUCGCCCAUUGUCACCCAUCACACCGCCACUCCCAGAGGACUCCCUCCACCCGCUGCUUCACACCCCCUGUGGCUCCCUGGUGCCCAAUGGCCUGACCUACUCACCCAUGCCCUCACUGCCGGCAAGCCGCUGCAACACACCGUUGCAAUUUGAAAACAUAUCAUCCCCUGAGGCAUCUCCUGUUCACCGGCCAGAGUCCAUCUCACCUGAGCCAUGUCUUCAGACAGACUUUGAAGUCCCUCGGCCUCAGUUCCCAGACCUGUCACUCCCCUCCAGCUUGGAGAGCCCCGUGGCCAUGACGUCAGAUGACUUUUCCCUUCCUGGAUGCCCCUCAGGCCCAGAUUCCCAGGGUCCAUCAUCCGUGGGAACCAGUUCCCUAAACCCAGUGUCGUGUCCUUCCUCAGACCUAAACCCCCAAAACAGGGAGCAGGCCUUCAGGACAGAGUUCAACCUCAUAUACACCUGCUCGCCCCUCAAUUCAAACUUGGGGAACCCCGUGGCCACUGACUGCCGCCAAUCCCAGUCAGAAGGAGGCUUCUCCCCUGCAGAGUCCUUCCACAGUUCCAUAAGUGGCCAGGGGCUGAUGGGAGAUGUGGGCCCUGGCUCCAUGUCGCCCUACGGUGAGCCUCAUUAUGGGGGAGGCUACCCAGACAGUGGCACACCUCCUCACACCAGCAACCCACCACAAAAGAGGAAGGUGUCUUUGCUGGAGUACCGUAAAAGGAAGCAGAGCAGCGGUCGUGACUCUGAACCCGCCGGCAGCAGCUCCUCUCUGGGCGGCACCCCCACCCGGCCUGGCUCCCACUACAGCCAGGACCCUCAUCAUCCCCAUUCCCAUCAGCAGAUGCAGCCCCCGGCCUCCCCACACAGCUCCUUCCCUCCCUCAGCCCACACCAACCCUAUCUCACAAAUAGAGGAGAUCAGUCCUCCAGACCACCAGGGCCUGCUUGUGCAGUCCAGACCCCAGGAGAACAACAACCAAUGGAUGGUUCCCACUACUGUUGAACGUCUAAGGGAAGGCCAGGGUGGUCUGGAGCGAGUGCUGAGAAGCAUCAAGAUGGAGCGCAUUUACAAGAGGAGCGAUGGCUCUACAGAGAAGGAAUUUGAUGCAGAUCGAUAUGAGAUGCAGGCAGCGACCAUGGCUUCUCCCAUGAAGAGUCCACACAGAUACAGCCCCUCUGUGUACUCACAUCAGUCAUCAGAAAGCCACCGGCAAACUGACAGCCCGUCGUUCCGCCAGCAAACCUCCAACUCUCCAUUCCGGGGUUCCUACAGUCCCUCAUCAGGCCAGAGCUUCUACGCACGCCACUCCUCGCACCCUGGACUGUCCCAGGACCACCCCCCAUCUUCCUACCCCAGUCACUCCCCCACCCCAACCUCAUCCUCAGACUCCAGGCCGCCAGCGGGGUCUCUACACCAGCAGAGUGGGUACGGCAGCAGCCAUUUAAAAGCAAGCCUUUUGAACAGCAGCGGCCUGGCGCGGGCUCCUACCCCUGGAUCCAGGGCCCAAGGGCAGACUAAAACAGACUCGGGCCCCCUGGCCUCCAGAGGGAGUCAGCAGCAGGUGUCUCGCAGCCUGAAGUCAGGCAGCCCAGGCCAGGCGACGCUGCAGGCCAGCUCCAGGCUGCUGUCGGCCUCUGGACCGACACACUACCCACAGCGAGGGACAAGCCUCAGCCAGUUCCAGCACUCCCCCCUUCAGGGACCUGGAGUAAGGACACAGUCAGGAAGCUUUUAGGACCUUGUUCAAGUGUGUGUGUGUGUGUGUGUGUGUGUGUGUGUGUGUGUGUGUGUGUGUGUGUGUGAGUGAGUGGGUGCGUGCAUGUGUGCGUGUGUGUACGAAGCUGCGUACCCCCUCAACCCCUAAAGCUGUGGUGAAAUGGGGCUCAGGGAGUUUGGGGAGGGUAAAUGUACAGAUCUAAGAGGAGCAAGGACUUCUUUACGGAUUUCUCCUUUUCUUAUUUUCUGUCUUUUCUUUUUUUAUUUUCAGAAAAAAAACAAAUGACCACAUACUGCACAAAGCUAAUCAUUGACUUUGAACAUUAUGGAAUCAGUGGAAAAAGCGAUUUGGAUGACACAUUCACAGGAAAAAAAGAAAAAAAACACAAAAAAACAAGAAAUCACAUGUAACUUGAAAUUGUCCCCAGUGUUUCCUGAUGUGCUGGACUGUGCAAACAGGCUCAGAAAGUAAAACUUCCACACAAAUGUCUGUACAAAGUUAUAAAAAGCUGUACCUGUCGUUUUGGUACCCAGGUUGGAUAAAUGCUGAGAUGCAUAUAUAUGAGUCUGUGCUGCAGUAAAUAAGUGUUUGAUUUGGAAAUGGGGAAAUGAUUCAAGCCAAGGCAACACAUUAAUCAUCCGUUAGAGAUGCAUUAGAGAGAUGGGGAGGACGGGCUUUUCCCUUUUUAAGGGUCAUUCCAUAUGAUUACCAGUUUCCAUGUUCUCUCACUAAACAUGAAAACAGCCCUUUUUUCCUCAAGGUUCUGUCUGUUCCAAUGUUCUGUUAUUUUUGGUUCUGUUCUGUUCUCUCAUCCCCACUGGACUGUUUUGAUUUCACUUUAGGGCUACUUCACUGUAGACUUCUGAUAUUGUACUUGAGACAUACAGGUCUUAUGAUCCAUGGUGCUGCAUUCUUGUUUUUUCCAAUAAAUUUGAAAUCCAGUUAUGUUCCCCACAUAUGGCUGCAUUCAUCUUGUCAUUAUAUCAGUUCAAAUGUUUUAUUUUUCUCCCAGGUUCAUAAUGAUCAUAUAUUAUAGUGAUCAUAUAUUAUAUCAUUUUAUUUCUUGGCCAAUCCGUUGCAUUCCAUGUGACACUGAGGAAAACUGGGCAGAGGAAUCUCUAGGCGAGUGUUUGGAUUGUUCAUAAAACCUUGGUAAAGAAGCUGCUAUGUUCUCCCGUGAGAGCUGCUUUCCCUUUCCUUGUAACUGUAACUCUGAUCCUCACAAACUGACUUAAAGAAAGAGAUGGUUCUCCCGGCCCCUGCAGUGGGACCUCAGACAAACAUUGCGCUGACAGCUGGGCGGCAGCAGGAGUUGCCCUCUCUUCCGAGACUGUUCUUUUGGACCAGAUGUGGAAAACUGCUGCGUUUGUAUGGAAGACUUCAAAAAACCGAAGGCCCAGUCAUGUGACUGGACCCCACAUGCCACUAAACCAACCCCCCACCCACCCACACCCCUCUCAAGUUCACCAACACACAGAAGGGUACUCAUGUUACAUGAAUGUUUUACAGAUUUAAAAAAAAAAAAAAAAA